AUGUGCUACAGUAGCAGCGUUGUUAUCAUAAUGUUACUGCUAAUGGCUGGAGACAUUGAAGUAAAUCCUGGACCAGGACAGCAGCCAUUCGCCGCAUCAAACUUCUUCAACUUCAGUAUCAGAGGUAUCCAGCAACAGGGUGUACAACAGCAGCAGCAGCAGCAACAACAACAACAACAACAACAACAUCACCAACAGCUGUACCAACAAGUGCCAGUAUUGUACGUCCCCAUACAACAGCCUCCGCAAGUCUCUCAAGCAGCUCUACAAGAGGAGAGGCAAAAACGUUUGGAAGCAGAAAACAGAGCCAGAGAUUUUGAGACACAAUUGCAGGCAUGCAGGACACGUGAAGCGGCAGUGCAGAGAACACUGCGAGACUUAACAAGAAACAUCGAACGCCUCCAGUCUCAGGAAGAACCACAUCUUCGGGAGAUCAGUUUGCUGAAGGCAAACGUUCGGUCAAAGAAGAACAAGCAAAGAAACCGAAGAGUGAGAAGUCACCGGAAGAUGAGGUCUAACCUUUCAUCAAGCCAGCUGAAGCCUUGCGGAAAGAGGAAGAGAAGGGAGACGUAUAAGCGAAGGCUUUUUGAAACAUUCGACUCUUUUCACCGAGAAGUGAAAAAAGCCAAGGUUGAGCUAACACUGGCUGGGCAGGACAAGCCUCAACACCUCACUUGGCCAGAGGAGAACAGCCCAUCUCAUCAGCGUGGAGAGAGAACUCCUGAAGAAAUCAAGUCUGUACAAAGGUGGCUCAGAAUCAAAGAUAAGUUUGUGAUCUCUGAUGCCGGGUAUCAGGAAAUUAGAAUGAUGUCUCCAAAUACUGUGCCACCUCUGUACAGACUAGUGAAUGAGAGAGUGGAACAGAACAAGAUGAUCCAGAUCAACACAGAUACAGAGGUAUGCAACAUGUCACGGCGUUCUGUGAGGGAGGUCCUUACCCACCUCCUUCGACUUCCCAAACACAAAAGCUGUGGAGAGGAGAUCUCAGUAAGGUUUUCCGGGGAUGGACGACAGGUCACCCGGAACAACAGGAUAGGUGCAGUUAUGGGCACUGUCCGGAUUGUCCCCAACAGGAACACCAUCAAUGCGAACUUGGACAAUGCCCAGCUGCACCACUCCAUAGAUGAAGAAGCGUCCGUUUUCAUCUAUGAAGGAGGUGAGGACUUUGAAACACAGCAGAAAACAGCUGCACUUGUGUACCAAGAAAUAGAAGACAUCAGGCAGAAUGGCAUUGUGAUUGAUGGAAAGCUCAUCAAAGUCAAAUGGUACCUAACAGCUGACUGGAAGUACAUGGCAACACUUCUAGGGCUUAACCAGGCCAGCAGCAAGGCAUUCUGCAUCUGGUGCCACUGCACCAAGAAGGACAUCUGUGACUUUGACAUUGACAGCUGGAACAUCCAGAGAAAACCUGGCGAUGACAACAAAUACGCAGGAAAGAGGGACCACAAGGGGCACAUUCUCCCAACCCUUCUACACUUCCCUUUUGAGGAAAUAGUUCCAGACGUUUUACACAUGGGCAUGAGAAUCCGGGGGAAGAUGUUAAAUCAGGUGGUUGUUUGGGCCAUAAACCAGAAGAGAACAGAGCAGCUGCUGAGUGCCAUGAAAGACAUCGGUGUGCCGUUCAGGCUGAUGGAGGGAGCGGGGGAUGAUGGGCAAGGAUCCAUCAAAACAUGGACGCAACUUAAUGCAAAACAACUUGAGCGGGUGUUUGCCAAGCUCGACCUUAAAGCUGUGCUCAUGGACAGGUGGACCCCAAGGGGGCUAACAAUCGCCAGCCUGUCCGUUGCGCAGCUUAAGAUCGAGCUUCGCAAACACGGAUUAGAGGAGACUGGAAGGAAGCCAUCCCUUGUGAGAAGGCUGACAGACUUCCUUGGAAGUGAUCAGGACUUUGAGGUGCUGGCAGUGGCCAUGAAGGCCAAGCCAGGAGGCGAUGGCCACCUCAGCCAUGAGGUAUUUAAGCAGCAGGCCCUGAAGUGGGGGAAAUUCUUCCGUCAAGUAACGUUUGAUGAGCAUGUCACACCAUACAUACAUACUAUGGUGUACCAUCUCCCCCACUUCUUGGCAAAAUACAGGUAUCUCAACGACCUCUCCUGUGAGAGCGUGGAACAGGUCAUGGAGUACGAGAACCGAGACUUGUUUGGCGUACUUCAUGACCUGGAUCGAAAGAAGGCCAUCAUGGGUCCAGGUGCUGCACAACGCCGAGCCGCCUUGCAAGGUCAAGCGUAG